AUGUCUAGAAUAGCAGAUUCUUUGGCAAGAAUUGCGAUCCCGUUGGGUCUCGUUGUCUCCGGUCUCCAAUACUCAAUCUACGAUGUGAAAGGAGGUUCCAGAGCAGUUAUUUUCGACAGAUUGAGCGGUGUUCAACAACAAGUUGUAGGAGAAGGAACUCACUUUUUGAUUCCAUGGCUCCAAAAGGCAGUGGUGUACGAUGUGAGAACCAAACCUAAAAACAUUGCCACCAAUACUGGUACUAAAGAUUUGCAAAUGGUGUCUCUGACGUUGCGUGUGUUGCACAGACCGGAUGUGAUGAAGUUGCCCUUCAUUUAUCAGAAUUUAGGUCUGGACUACGAUGAAAGAGUACUUCCAUCCAUUGGUAACGAAGUUUUAAAGGCUAUUGUUGCCCAAUUUGAUGCUGCAGAACUGAUCACGCAAAGAGAAACAGUUUCGCAGCGAAUUCGUCAAGAACUGUCUUUGAGAGCCAACGAAUUCAACAUUAGGCUGGAAGAUGUGUCUAUAACGCAUAUGACGUUUGGACGUGAUUUCACCAAAGCCGUAGAGUUGAAACAGAUUGCUCAACAGGACGCAGAAAGGGCGCGUUUUGUCGUGGAGUUGGCAGAACAACAGAGACAGGCUUCUGUUAUUCGUGCUGAAGGUGAAGCUGAAUCUGCAGAUUAUAUCUCUAAAGCGCUGGCAAAAGCAGGUGAUGGUCUACUGUUGAUCAGAAGAAUUGAAGCGUCCAAGGAAAUUGCGAAGACGUUGGCCAGUUCUUCGAAUGUGACAUAUCUGCCCGGUAGCAAUCAUGGCGGCAGUGAAGCUCAGAGUCCAAACUCUUUGCUGUUGAAUUUGGGCCGUUAG